CGAAACAUCUAUCUCCUCUCCUCUCCUCUCCACUCCACCACCGCUUCUCCUUCUCCCCGUCCCGCGGCCGCCCCCCCUCCUCCCUCCCUCCGGAGACCGGCCCGCCACCACGGCUCGUGCGGCCAGAGAUAAGAUGAGGACGAGGAGCGGCUCUCUCUAUACCUGCGGAGGUGUCGAGCCAGCGGCUCCCGUGGCCGGGCAGAAGAGGAAGAGGUCGCCCGCCGCCGCCGGCGAAGUGUGCGGUGGGCGCCGGAAGCGACAGGCUUCCGGGCCGGACUAUUUGGAUGGCAUCCCUGACGACCUCGUGCUCUCCAUCUUCUCCAAACUCGCCGCAUCUGCGAACUCCCCCUCCGACCUGCUGUCCGUCCACCUAACAUGCAAGAGGCUCAACGGCCUGGGCCAGCAGGACAUGGUGUUCGCCAAGGCCUCGCCGGCGUCGCUCGCCGUCAAGGCGGCGGCGUGGUCGGAGCCCGUUCAGCGGUUUCUCAAGCGCUGCGCCGACGCCGGUAAUCUUGAGGCGUGCUACAUUCUAGGCAUGAUCCGGUUCUACUGCCUUGGCAGCCGGAGCGGUGGCGCGGCUCUGCUCGCGAAGGCGGCUGUCGGCGGGCACCCGGCGGCGCUCUACUCGCUGGCCGUCAUCCAGUUCAACGGCAGCGGGGGCGCCAAGACGGACCGCGACCUGCGCGCCGGGGCGGCGCUCUGCGCGCGCUCCGCUGCGCUGGGCCAUGUCGACGCGCUCCGCGAGCUCGGGCACUGCCUCCAGGACGGCUACGGCGUGCGCCGCGACCCCGCCGAGGGACGCCGCCUCCUCGUCGCCGCGAACGCCCGCGAGCUCUCCCUCGCGCUCGCCGCCGCGGCGGCCAGCGCGACCUACCCCUUCGCCUCCCUCCCCAUCAGCGCCGUCGCAGGCGGCGCCGGCGGCGUCAGCAGCAGCCCACUCCUCUCCGACUUCGGGUGGAGCCUGCCGGAGGCGGAGCCCCACACGGCGAACCAGUUCAUGUCAGACUGGUGGGCGUCGCGCGGCGUGCAGGCGUGCGCCAAGAAGACCGACGCGGCGGCCACCGGCGGAGACGGCGAGGGCGAGCUACGGCUGUGCUCCCACAUGCGGUGCGGGCGCAAGGAGACGCGGCGGCACGAGUUCCGGCGCUGCUCCGUGUGCGGCGCGGCCAACUACUGCUCCCGCGCGUGCCAGGCCCUGGACUGGAAGCGCGCCCACAAGGCCCAGUGCGUGCCCAUGGACCGCUGGCUCGUCGGCGCCGCCGCCAACGCCGCCGCGCCCCAGCAGUGACCGCCCCAAGGGGCAACCGCCGGCGCAACGUCCGGCAACAAGUAGCAGCACUGGAGGGUCCACGGCGAGGCCCGUGGACCAGGCGUAGCGGAGUGAACGACGGUGAUGAAUGAGGAAGCGUUUUUCUGGCGUUUUGCUUUCUUUUUGCGGCCGUUUGUGUGUCGUCUUGUCAGAUGUACGUACUCUACUCUACUAGGGAAGAGGAGCAGGCGAGAGAUUCUACCGCGGCCAGCAGAACUCUAGCCUUGUUUUCUCUCUUUUAAAUUAAUUAUUAUAAAUUAGCCCCUCUUAAAUUAA